GCGGUUCUCUCGGGUUCUCCUUUAAUCCAUGAAGACAGAAACACUACAGGAAGCCUGAGGAGCAGAGAGAAGAAAGAGACGAAACACUCCGGUGGGUCAUGUAAGAAAAAACCCUCCUCGGUUUCUUUUUCCAGUGUUUUUACGCGCAGCGGACCGCGGAGCGAUGGGAGCGGUGCGCCCGGAGAGGAGCGCUCCGCCGCGGCUCUGCCUCCUCCUCCUGCUGCUGCUGGGCUUCUCUGUGUCCACUUCGGAGGCCUGGGACCUGGUUCUCCUCCACACCAACGAUGUCCACGCCCGGGUGGAGGAGACUAACCAGCACUCGGGGAAAUGCAGCAGCAGCAGCGGCGGUGGGUGUUUCGCCGGGGUGGCCCGGAGAGCCACGAUGGUCAAGAGGAUCCGCGCCUCGGAGACCAACGUGCUGCUGCUGGACGCCGGAGACCAGUUCCAGGGGACCGUCUGGUUCAAUUACUACAAGGGAGCCGAGGCUGCGCAUUUCAUGAACAAGCUGCGUUAUGAUGCCAUGGCUUUAGGAAACCACGAGUUUGACAACGGAGUGGAAGGACUCAUGAAGCCGUUCAUGGAGGAGAUCAAGUGUCCUGUUCUCAGCGCCAACAUCAAACCGGAUAAAACUCUGGCCCCGACGUUUGGCAGCUCGUACUGGCCUUAUAAGAUACUGCCUGUUGGCACUGAGAGGGUGGGCGUGGUGGGCUACACAUCACAGGAAACUCCUGCUCUGUCCAGACCUGGCCCACACCUGCAGUUCGAGGACGAGGUGAGCGCUCUGCAGCUGCAGGUGAACAAGCUGCGGACGCUGGGAGUGAAUAAGAUCGUCGCCCUCGGUCACUCCGGCUUCACCGCGGAUCAGAAGAUUGCCAAGAGGGUCCGCGGAGUGGACGUCGUCAUCGGGGGACACACCAACACUUUCCUCUUUACAGGAACGCCUCCUUCCUCUGAGGUCCCGGCCGGUCGUUAUCCCUUCAUGGUGGAAUCGGACGAUGGGCGGCAGGUUCCCGUCGUGCAGGCCUACGCCUUUGGAAAAUAUCUGGGUUAUCUGAAGGUGACCUUUGACGAUGCUGGGAACGUGGUGAAGUCCACAGGAAACCCCAUCCUGCUGAACAGCAGCGUCCCGCAGGAUCCAGAGUUUCUUGCCGAGGUGGAGGAGUGGAAGAAGAAUCUGGCCAACUACUCGGCUCAGGUGGUGGGAAAGACUCUGGUCUUCCUGAACGGGACCACAGAAGAGUGUCGUUUUCGGGAAUGCAACCUGGGAAACCUGAUCUGCGACGCCAUGGUCAGCAACAACAUCAGAUUCUCAGACGAAGUCCAGUGGAACCACGUCAGCGCCUCCAUCUUCAACGGAGGAGGCAUCCGCACGUCUGUGGAUGAGCACAGCCGAAACGGUUCCAUCACCAUGGAGGACCUGAUCUCCGUCUUACCCUUCGGAGGAACCUUCGACCUGGUGCAGCUGAAAGGCUCCACGCUGAGGAAAGCCUUCGAACACUCGGUGAAGCGAUACGGCCAAAGCACCGGAGAGUUCCUCCAAGUGUCCGGUUUUCACGUCGAGUUCGACCUCUCCAAACCUCCGGGGCGCCGCGUGAGGAGCCUCGGCGUCCUCUGCACGAAAUGUCGAGUUCCUCGCUACGAGCCCGUCGAGGACGAGGCGGUUUAUACGGUGGCGCUGCCGUCCUACAUGGUGACGGGCGGAGACGGGUACGCCAUGAUCGGAAACGAGAUGCUCAAACACAACAGCGGGGAUCUGGACAUUUCAGUCGUGUCCAAGUACAUCAUGCACAGGAAGAAAGUUUAUCCGUCUCUUGAAGGACGCAUCAAGAUCUACAACUCAGCCUCUGGACAACUCACCCCGCUGGUUUCACUGGUUUCACUGGGGCUGCUGUGGACUUUGUGUGGGAGCAUCUGAGGCUGACGUCAGCCAGGUAACACAAGAGGACAGAAAACCUGAAGAAUGAACUGGCCUGUGGAUGUAAACCUGCAGGAGCUGAGCUGGAAAUCCUCAAACUUCUACCCAGAAACAUAAAAUGAAAACAGUCUACACAAUCAGUCGAGGUCCCAGAUGUCAAAUAUUACCAGUCUCUCGUUUCCUUGGUGGAAGUUUGAGAAAUAUUAACACAUUACGAAGGUAUCAGGCCUUAAAAGAGGUGUGCUUUGAGUCCCGUUGGCUCGACUGACAGGUAACGUAUCGCACUCUGCUUUAGUAAUCAUCACUCGUCACAGCUCAGCACCUUGUUGGCCUUGUUUCAUGGAAUGAUGAGAUGCUGUAAAUCCAAAUCGCAGCUCUGCCACGAAAUUGUGCACACAGGAGAAAGUUGGAAAGUUCAGAGGAAAUUAUGGCCAAUGUUUCAUCUGGUGUUUAGAUCUGCAGUUAUUCUCACAAAGAAAAAGGACAGAAACGACUCGCAGAUGUUUUUGUUUGGUUGUAUAAACAUCUUCAACUGAAAUCGACGGUGGGUUUUGGAAACUGUGAGACUUUUCGACUCUGGAGAACAUGGAGUGGUGACAAAGACGCUUUGUUCAGAAUAUCUGAGUUAAAGUUCCUGUGAGAACGUUCACCUGCUGCAGAAUGUAAUCAUCUACGAAUGAACUCUGUUUACCAACAACAGUUUGACUGUGUUCCCGAGCCCAUGCAGUAUCCUGUGUGUCACAGAGCGCUGAACUUCACCCCGUCCUUGCAAUAUCCAGUUUUUUUUAACCGGAGCUCCUCGCUGAACAAGGCCUCCUCUGUGUGGGGGAUCUCCCAAACAACGCUCGCUGCCUGUUAAUGCCUGGGAAGUCCUCAUUAAUCAGGUCACUGAGAGUAACACAGCUGGCACCGGCCUGCACUGGCGUGAGCUGCCAAGUGCUGGAAAACGAGCACACGGAGGCCGUUGUGUUGCAGCAGAGCUCUGAGAAGAGAUGAGCGCAUGGAGGGAUCAGUGCGGCUCACAGUCAGGACAGCUUUUCAUUAGUAGUUUCAUUUUUAGUCAUUCAGUGGAAAGGAUUUUCCCGGAGCAGAGUCGAGUGUGACGUCUCACUCAGGAAUGUUGACACCGAGUUUCUCCGUUCACCCAAACUGCAACAUAUUUUCUCACUUAGCUGUAGUAGUACCUGUCCGGUUGCUUAGUUUUGGUUUUAUUUGCCCAGAGUUUAAGUACAGCUGGUCAGACGUGUGUGUUGUGGCAUCAUCAAUAGAGGUGGAAAUCACGACUCACUCUGUGAUUAAUCGCUGUAGCUCGAUCAUCUCAGCUGAACGAUCACAUCACGGUUCACAUGCGCUUCUGUAGGUGCGACAGUCAGUGAAGGCAUCAGUCAGUGAAGGCAUCACAGUUGAACUAUAACUGAGCUGUUUGAUUGGAGUGUGUCGACGUUCCCUCUUUAGAAUCAGGAGAGAGUUGUUCCCUGCAGGCUCCCGAGUUUUUGGAUCAUUUAGGGAAAAUUGAUUCAUAAUGAAACUUAUGUCUUAAUAACUGUUUUGUUGUUGUUUUACAGUUUUUGAACUACACAUGUUCAGUCCCUCACAAUACUCCAGCUUCACAGCUGACAGGUAAGAAACUGAAGUUUAUAUCAGUAAACUGUAAACUGUCAGAACACGUUGCUGCUUUCGCAAAACCUGAACCUGGAGUUGAGCUGUAAUGAAUUAAAUCAAUUUUAAACAAACACUGUAAUCCUGUAAGAUCGAAUAGUAACUAGAAAUAUGAAGAUAGAUUUCAAUCAUCUUUAAUAAAUGAAGGAAAAGAUGACAGACAGCGUCUUCUGUGGCAUCAAUAAAUAUAUAUUAUUUUAUUAGUGCACUAAUAUACAUUGGAAUGUGAAGGUGGUCCCAGAGGUUUUGGAGAUGAGUAUUGCACUUCGUAAUGCAGGAUGUGGGAGAUGUGUGGAUACAGUGUUCGGUACAUCGUCUUGUUCACAUGAUGAUCGCUUCCUUCGUGCUCUGAAAGGGAAACAUCAUCAGUUGAAUGUGUUCGUCUGAUCAUGUGAGCGGCAGCAUUUCAGCUGCGAGCAGGCAGCGAGGCGGCUGCCGACCGAGCUGAGCUGAAAGUUGAGGUUAGCUUUGGGAGUUUCUGUGGCUCAGUUUCCUGCAGCGUUAAUGUUCUGGUGGUUCACAGCCGUCGUCUUAAACGUGCUAAUUCAGUUCUGUUGCUGUACCGCAGAAGUUCAUCUCAUUUAACAGAACAGGAGAACUUAAUCUGCACUAAUCGUGUCUAGUAAUAAUUCAACUUCAUGGCUUAUUAUUAAGUACUGCAUUUAUCUGGUUAGCAUGGUUAGCCUAGCUUAGCAUAAAGACUGGAAGCCAGUGGAAACAGCUCUGCCUAAACAUGUCUAAACCUCAAUAAUUAUCAUGUUACAUCUUGUCAGUUGCUACUCAGUCUGCAGCCAUGCUAGCAGCUCUGUGAGGCUGUGUAGUGGUACUGUGAGCUAAAUGCUAACAACCACAGUUAGAAAUGCAUGCUAACAUUUCCUAAUUAGACUAAAGCAGAGGCUGAUGGGAAUGGCAUUUGUUUUGCACGUAUCUGGUCAUAAGCUAAAGUACUGGACAAAUUGAACAUUAAAUGCAAUCCCUCCAGCAGCUGUUGAGAUAUUUCAGUCUGUAUCACAGUGCAGGACUGACUGACCAUCCAGUCACUGCACUAAAAACAACGUUGCCAAAUCUGUGCUCACUGACCAUAUCUGGCAACCCAGACUGCAGCCAGAACAGCAGCAUGUAAACACUGAGCGAAUGAAAACACUGUCAAGAAACAAUUAGCACACGGAAGGCUAGUUGUUUCCACCUGCUUCUAGUCUUUAUGCUAAGCUACGCUAACCACGAGUCGGUUGAGAUCCAGCUGCUCCUGUCACUCUCGGACAGAAAGCGAAUAAAUUUCAUCAAGUUCAGCUUCAGCAUUUAAUGUAUAUGCGUCAGCCGCAAGUUGUAAACGCCACGGCCCUUCACGUUCAGAGAUCUGUUAAAUACUGACGCAUCAGUACACAACCUACACUGAAUUUUAAUGUUGAACUGCACAAACACAAUAUUUAAACACUGCUUCUCCUUUACGUACAUCUCUUUAUGGUGCUGACUGUCAGCUUCCUGCGCCUGUUUUGAACCUCAACUGGAAUCUGAGACAUAAAUCACACGUUCCGUCGGCUCCGUGUGGACGCCAGCAGAUGCUUUUAGGAGUUUCCCUGAUUUCUGCUUAUUUCUGUGCUGUGAACUCCAGACAUAAACAAACAAACAGGCUCAGCAUUUACGCUCGCUGACACAGAAACCAAACAAGCCUGAUUAACGUUGAGUAAAUGCCGAAAUGCUAAAAACCUUUCAGAGGGCGUAAAUGUUUUCCCUCACAGAUGAAUCGGUGCUCUCAACGUGAUGAAUCGCCGUCCUUUUUUUUCACUGUUCAAGAGUUCAUGCUGCACCGCGACAAACAGCUUUCUUUACAUUCUCCACUGUCACUUGUUUACCUUGUUGAGUUCAGGAAAAAGCUCCUGCACGGCGAUGUCCAGCAGGACGUAGGUCAUCUGAGGAGACAGAGCUUCACUACUUUAAUACAGUGCCAUUCAAACAGAGACUCACCACAGUGUAUUCUGAAUAUUUAACCUUUUAGUUAUACAACAUGUUGUACUGCUGAUCAGACUAAAAACAUGUAUACACACAUAUGUAUGUACAGCAGGAUUGAGACUUUUUGGUGUUGCCUGAAAUGUGUUUGUGUGUCUGCUCAUAGUCAUGAUUCAGAUCCUGAUUUUAAGAAGGCAGUUUUAGACAGUUUUUAUAUUUGACCAAACGUCUUGUGAACUUUUGUAAAAUGUCGAAAAUGUUUUGAGGAAAGUACUGUCAGACAGCGGUAAAGGUCAAAGGUGACCGUGAAUCCACCCAGUUCUGACGUCUUGAGAAUAAAACCAAGCUUCAUAA